AAAGCGAACACUAUGCCAAAGGGAAAGAAAAAUUCAACCCCCAUAGAAACAAUCUCAAGGAGCAGAAGCAGAGAAUAAGUGGAGGAGAGUGUGCCAGCCAAGGGCAGAUGUGUAUAUAUUGGUCAGAAGCACUUACUUAGGAAUGGACCAGUCCUGUCCUCCUGGGUUCAGGUGUUUCCAGGACCAGAAAUAGAGGGAAGAACAGGAAGGAUGAGGUGGCUGUUCUCUUUGCCCUGGAUACUGGUGGUAAUGGUGGUAACCCCUUGGUUCACUAUAGCUGGAGCCAGUGACUCAUCAGAAGCAAGAAAGUGUUCCGAAUGCCACAGCAAUGCCACUUGCUUGGAGGAUGGAGCGGUCACAACAUGCUCCUGCCAGAUGGGCUUCACUGGCAAUGGGCUGGAGUGUGAGGAUGUAGAUGAGUGUGCCAUCCCUCAAGCUCACAACUGCUCUGACAACAGCAUCUGCGUGAACACACUGGGUUCCUAUGAGUGCACCUGCCAGAAUGGCUUCCGUCUGAUGCCUGAGCUGGGCUGCACUGAUGUGGAUGAAUGCACAGAGCUGGGACUCAGUGACUGCCAUGCCCUGGCCACCUGUGUCAACACAGAGGGCAACUACUCGUGUGUGUGUCCCAAGGGCUACGAAGGGGAUGGCUGGCAUUGUGAGUGCUUCCCGGGUUCCUGUGGACCAGAGCUGGACUGCUUGCCCCAGGGCCUGGGUGGAGCCCUGGUGUGUGAGGACCCCUGCAAUGUGCAUGAGACCCUGGCUGAGUACUGGCGCAGUGCAGAGUAUGGUGCUGGCUACUCCUGUGACUCAGAUCUGUAUGGCUGGUACCGAUUCACAGGCCAGGGUGGCGUGACCAUGGCUGAGACCUGUGUGCCGGUCCUGCGGUGCAACACGGCUGCACCCAUGUGGCUCAAUGGCUCUCAUCCUUCGAGCAGAGAGGGCAUUGUGAGCCGCACAGCCUGUGCACACUGGAGUGGUCACUGUUGUCUGUGGUCCACAGAGAUCCAGGUGAAGGCCUGCCCAGGUGGCUACUAUGUUUACAACCUGACUGCACCCCCAGAAUGUAAUCUGGCUUACUGCACAGAUCCUAGCUCGGUGGAGGGGACUUGCGAAGAGUGUGGGGUGGACGAGGAUUGCAUAUCAGAUAAUGGCAGAUGGCGCUGCCAGUGUAAACAGGACUCCAAAAUCACAGAUGUCUCCCUCCUGGAGCACAGGCUAGAGUGUGGGCCCAAUGACAUCAAGAUGUCCCUCAGCAAAUGCCAGCUGCAGAGUCUGGGCUUUAUGAAGGUCUUCAUGUACCUGAGUGACAGCCAGUGCUCAGGCUUCAGUGAGAAGGGUGAAAGAGACUGGAUGUCUGUGGUGACCCCUGUCCAGGAUGGCCCCUGUGGGACAGUGUUGAGGACAAAUGAAACCCAUGCCACCUACAGUAAUACCCUCUACCUGGCAAAGGAGAUCAUCAUCCGUGACGUCAACAUCAGAAUCAACUUUGAAUGUUCUUACCCCCUGGACAUGAAAGUCAGCCUGAAGACCUCCUUACAACCCAUGGUUAGUGCCCUGAACAUCAGCGUGGGUGGAACAGGCAUGUUCACUGUGCGGAUGGCACUGUUCCAGAGCCCUGCCUACACACAGCCCUACCAAGGCCCCUCUGUGAUGCUGUCCACAGAGGCUUUUCUGUAUGUGGGCACCAUGCUGGAUGGGGGUGACUUGUCCCAGUUUGUACUGCUAAUGACCAACUGCUAUGCCACACCCAGUAGCAACUCCACAGAUCCUGUGAAAUACUUCAUUAUCCAGGACAGAUGUCCACACACAGAGGAUACAACCAUUCAAGUGAUGGAGAAUGGCGAGUCCCCUCAGGUCCGAUUUUCUGUUCAAAUGUUCCGGUUUGCAGGAAAUUACGACCUUGUCUACUUGCACUGUGAGGUGUACCUGUGUGAUGCUGUGAAUGAACAGUGCAAACCUACCUGCUCUGGUACCAGAGUUAGGAGUGGGAACUUCAUAGAUCAGACCCGUGUCCUGAACUUGGGUCCCAUCACACGGCAAGCUAUCCAGGCCUCUGUGUCCAAGGCUGCUUCCAGCAACUUGAGACUCCUGAGCAUCUGGCUGCCUCUGUUUCUCUCAGCCACUUUGACCCUGAUGUUUCACUGAUGGACAGAGGGAAACCUGGUGUGGUUCCUAGCUCACUUCCUGCGGGCCAGGAGGGGAGAUGCACACUGGUUUCCCGCCAUAGGAGAGGGAGCUCACACUGCCUCCAGCUUGCACUUACUCUCCCUCUUUAAUCCUCACUAUCAAAACCAAGUUGACAACUUUCAAUGCUGCUUUCUCUCCAAUCGAGACUUGUGAUGGAUCAGUACAUGAAGCCCCAUCUCCUCAA